AUUAAUGGCAGUUCUACCGAGCAGUUAACAAGAAACUUUUAACUAGAACUUUAGAUAUUAGAAUAUUUAUAAAAGUUAUGAAGUACUCGAUUUUAGCUGUUUUUCUACUUAUCGCUUGCACUUAUGCAAUUGAUUUAGGAGAAAAAUGUGCUGGCGAUAAUAGCUGUAAGGCUGAGAAUAGUGAAUGCUAUAAGGGUGACGUAACAUCCUCUUGUGUAUACGGAAAAUGUAGAUGUAAAACAGGCUAUAACAAUGGUCCUACGGGUAAUGAAAAGGAAUGUUGGCAAGAGUCUGACUUCGAUGGAUCUUGCCUUGCUGCCGAUAAAAAAAUCUGUGAUGUCAAGAAACAUUUGGAGUGUGACAAUCAAAACAAAUGCAAAUGUAAAAGUGGUUUUACUGAAGAGAAUAGAGUAUGUAAGGCAGACUCUAUAGCUUAUGACCAGCCAUGUGUAGACACUCUACAAUGUCAAUUCGACAAUAGUAUUUGUUCUGGAACUCCUGCAAAAUGUGUUUGUGCUCCUGGAUUUUACCGAAACGCAGAUGUAUGUGUUCCAAAACUUGAACACGAUGGUGACUGCUCUGCUCCUAAUGAAAACAACUGUAAUGAUUUGAAGCUAUUAGAAUGUACAGCUAACAAAUGUGCGUGUCCAGCGGCACUUUUCCUGAAGAAUGGUGCAUGUACUGCAGGAUCAAAGGGAGAUGAAUGUGCCGGUACUCCUGAAAAAACUUGUGGAACAAAUUUAGUAUGCGAAGGAAAUCCGAAAAAGUGUGACUGUAAAACAGACUUCACAGAGCAAACUUUCAAUAAACAAGGAGUUAGCGUCACAGAAUGCCUUCAUAAGGAUGCGAAAAUCGAUACUGCUAUGUAUGAUAAAUGUGAUGAAGCCUAUACCGCUACUGGAAGAUUUUGCAGCGCUAAUCUACUAUGCGUCGAUUGCUAUCCAGGACAAACCAACAGAGUCUGUCUAAACAAAAAAUCCGAAGCAACAACCACACAAACCCCAGCGACAACAACAGCCGGUGCAACAACAACAACCACAAAUUUCUCGUCGAUUGCCAUCUCCUUACUCUCAGUCGCUGUCAUUGCUUUCAGAGUUUAG